GAAAAAAAUAAAAAGCGAAAGAAGAAGCAAAACAGUCACAAAGUAGGCGCAGUGAGAAUGUAUAAUUUAAUUUAACUUAAUUACAAUUAGUUGGCCGCGCUAGAUUUCAUUUGACGUUUUCCCACAACGCCAGCCAGAACGCAGCUAACGUUGAAAAGCUACGCAAGCGGGCACAAAGCGAAAAACAAGCGCUACCAAAAAAAAAAUAACCAGCGCUUGAAGCAACCAAUAAAGAAAGAAAGAAGAAAAAACACACACAAAGCAGAGCAAAGCGAAAGAAAUGCAGCAAAAAUUUAGCCGGGGCCGCGCAGCGCUGGCGCUGCUGAUGGCUUGCUGCUGUCUGCUUUCUGCUGCUGCCGAAAUCGACGACUUUGACGACGACGGACUCGUCGAAGAUGUGCAGGAGGAACCUGUUGACGUAGCCGGCGAGGAGCUGAACUAUGAGAGUCCCAUCAUCGAGCCCAGAAAAUUCCACUUUGCCGAUCAUUUUGACGAUAUUGAAGCAUCACGAAAAUUGUGGGUCAAAUCGCAGGCCAAAAAGGAUGAUAUUUCGGAGGAGAUUGCCAAAUACGAUGGCAUCUGGAACUGGGAAUCCCCGCUGCGCAUUGUGUGGCCCAAGGAUAAGGGUCUGGUGCUAAAGUCCAAGGCAAAACAUGCUGCAAUCUCGGCGCGCCUAACCAAAAAGUUUGACUUCAAGCCGGAGAAACCACUCGUGGUUCAAUAUGAGGUCACAAUGCAGGAGGGACAAGAGUGCGGCGGUUCCUAUCUAAAGCUACUGUCCGCAGGCAAGGAAACCGAAGAUCUGACAACGUUCAAUGACAAGACACCGUACACGAUUAUGUUUGGACCGGACAAGUGCGGCAACGAUGUGAAAAUGCACUUCAUAUUCCGCCACGUAAAUCCAAUUAACGGCACCAUAACCGAGAAACACUGUAACAAACCAAAGAACCGCUUGGAGGAGCCCUUCAAGGACAAGCUGCCACAUUUGUAUCAGCUUGUGCUGCGACCGGACAACAGCUUUGAGAUUCGUUUGGAUCACAAGAUCAUUAAUGAGGGCUCGCUGCUGACGGACUUUAAGCCCGCUGUCAAUCCACCGGCCGAGAUCGAUGAUCCCUCAGAUCAGAAGCCAUCCGAUUGGGAUGAACGCGAAAAGAUACCCGAUCCAACAUCCCAAAAGCCCGAUGACUGGAACGAGGAUGCACCGCCCCAAAUACCCGAUGCCAGCGCUGUUAUGCCCGAUGGUUGGCUCGAGGAUGAACCCGAUAUGAUUGCCGAUCCCACAGCGUCCAAGCCCGACGAUUGGGAUACCGAAAUCGAUGGUGAAUGGGAGGCGCCUCUCGUCGAUAACCCGGUGUGCGAAAAGUCUGCCGGUUGCGGCAAAUGGAAGGCACCACUCAUACCCAAUCCCGAAUACAAGGGCAAAUGGCGUGCAGCCAUGAUCGAGAAUCCCAACUACCAGGGCAAGUGGGCACCGCGCAAGAUAGCCAAUCCCGAUUUCUUUGAGGAUCUGCAACCCUUCAAAAUGACGCCAAUUAGCGCUGUUGGCCUGGAGUUGUGGUCCAUGUCCAAUGAGAUCUUAUUUGACAAUCUCAUCGUUACGGACGAUGUGGAGGUGGCACGUGACUUUGCCGCCAACAGCUUUGACAUCAAGCGUCGCUAUAUUGAUCGCGAAUCGGACUCAUUGGUCAACAAGGUCACUGAGCUAGCCAAGGCAUAUCCAACGGCCUCGCUCCUGGGCCUGGUCGCCUUUCUUAUGUUGUCUGUCACCGGCAUUUAUCUUAAAUUUGGCAAAGCUAAGAGUCAGGAUUCGGCGGCAACAGCUGCUGCUGCACAGGCAAAGAAAACGGAUGCCCCGCAGCCCGAUGAUGAGGAAGAGCUCGCUGCUGCUGCUGCUGUUGAUGAUGAGGAGCAGGAUGAGAGCGAGGAGGAUGUGGAUGAGGCACCAGCACCGAAGUCGGCUGUUGAUGAUGACAGCAAGACCUCAGAGUCUGCCAGUCCCAAAAAUAAUACAAAGUCUGAUUUAGAUAUUAAAGAGGAAUUGCAGCAGCAGAAUGAUGAUGAGCCUACACAGACUGAGGAAUCAACUACAAAAUCCGCUCGCAAGCGUACCGUGCGCAAGGACUAGAGGGCGGGCGCGGGGCACAAUCCAAAGCAGCUCUCGCAUUCACAAAUACUUGAAACUUAAACUAAUUCCAAAUAAUGUUUAACAGCAACACAACAACAAACCACACAUCAUGUUCAAGAUUCAAUUAACACUCGAGCUAAAAAACACCCACGAAAUACCAAAACCAUGUUGUUGAUACUUGCUACACACACACGGGCACACACAGACACACAGGCACACAAAGAGAGCAUAGUUCCAUAGUUGAUUAUCGCAUGCAGCUGCUAAUUUAAUGAACUCGUUUAUUUGUGGUUUUUCGGUUUAGUCUUCUUCUUAAAUACGUACGGUACAUUUUGUAUUAUCAUUGUAUUUCUGUUCGUCUACUCUCCCUAUACAUAUACCACACACACACACACAUAAAUAUAUAUAUAUAUAUAUAGCUCUAUACAUCUGUUUACGCCCAGCCCCCCCAAAAAAUCGUCUGUCUCAUUUGGUGUAGUUUUCUGUUCACACACACAACAACUUUUGAUUUAUGUCCUUUUUCAACUAAUUCAAAACGAAACUAGGCAAAUGAGGGAAUCAAAGAUAAACAAAAUAAACCAAUAAGCGAUACAGGCAAAGAAACUCCAGUAAAUGAGAGAGAGUAAGGGAGAUCGAGAGAUAAAGAGAGAGCAACGGGAAAAUAUCUAGUUUAAUAUUAUGUAAUUUAAACGAAAUUUUAUGAAUACGCUAGUUAUACUCAGAGUUUAAACAAAUUUCAUUUUGUUCAUGUGUAACAAUGAAAAUUUACAGCGAAAAAUAAAAACUAAAUGUCAAAACCAA